GCAACUUUUGCAGAAGGGGGAGUGUGAUCCAGCGAGAUCUCUGGGUCCGGGCGGCUGCUGUUGCUGCUGCUGCUGCUGCUGUAGGGGGAGGGGAAAGAGCCGGAGCGAGUCCUUGCUUCUGCCGCCGCUAGACGGAUAAUCAGCGGCGACCGAGGAGCAGGAGGGAAACGGAGAGACUGAGAAACGCAAAGGGCAGGGAGGAAGAAAAAAUAAAAAAAGGAGCUUGCAACUUGCGCGCCGGGCUUCACCUUGCAGCCGCUCGCGUGAGCCGAACGAGGUGGGCGAGCGGUCGGUGGGUGCAAAGUGGAGGAAAAAUACAUUUUUUAAAAAAAAAAUAAUAAUAAUCGACCCGAAAGACUUACAAAGAAACUCUCAAGAGAAAUCGUACCUCCCACCAUGGUCCAGCAAGCGGAAAGUCCAGAAUCGGAGAACAACCUGCCCAGAGAAGCGAUGGAUACCGAAGAAGGGGAGUUUAUGGCGUGCAGCCCGGUGGCGCUGGAUGAGAGCGAUCCGGAUUGGUGCAAAACGGCCUCGGGGCACAUCAAGAGACCGAUGAACGCCUUCAUGGUGUGGUCCAAGAUCGAGCGAAGAAAAAUCAUGGAGCAGUCGCCGGACAUGCACAACGCCGAGAUCUCCAAGCGCCUGGGCAAGCGGUGGAAAAUGCUCAAGGACAGCGAAAAGAUCCCGUUCAUCCGGGAAGCCGAAAGACUGCGCCUUAAACACAUGGCCGAUUAUCCCGAUUACAAAUACAGGCCGAGGAAAAAGCCCAAAAUAGACCCGUCCGCCAAACCCAGCGCCAACCACAGCCCGGAGAAAAACACACCCACCAGUACCGGCAGCGGCAACAGCAACGGCGGCAAGAGCGCCAAAAGCUCCAGUAAGAAAUGUAGCAAAGGGAAAACCUCCUCCUCCUCCUCCUCCUCCUCCUCCUCUUCCUCCUCGUCGUCUCCCCCGAAGGCCGGGACGAAGCUGGCCCCCCACCCGGGCGACUACGGGGGAGAGGAUUACCACCAAUUCGGGACGCUGAAAGUGAGCAGCAAGACCAUCAAGUGCGUCUUCAUGGACGAGGACGACGAGGAGGAGGACGACGACGACGACUUGCAGCUGCGGAUCAAGCAGGAGGAGGACGACGAGGAGGAGGAAGAGGACCACCACCAGCAGCAGCAACAGCAGCAGCAGCAGCAGCAGUUGAGGCGGUACAACGUAGCCAAAGUCCCGGCCAGCCCCACCUUGAGCUCCUCGGCGGAGUCCACCGAAGGGGCCAGCCUGUACGAAGAGGUGAGGGGGGGCGCCGCCUCGCAUGGCGCCAGCGCCAGCAGACUCUACUACGGCUUCAAGAGUAUGCCCAAGAGCGCCCAGCAGCCCAGCCUGUCCCCGGCUUCCUCCCGGUCCGUCUCCACCUCCUCCUCCUCCUCUUCUUCCAGCAGCAGUAGCGAAGAGGCGGACGACCUGAUGUUUGACUUGAGCUUGAAUUUCUCCCAGCACACUCACGCCGCCUCGGAGAUGGGCGUGAGCUCCGCGGCGGGCAACCUGUCCCUUUCUCUCGUGGACAAGGAUUUGGAUUCGUUCAGCGAGGGUAGCUUGGGCUCUCACUUUGAGUUCCCCGAUUACUGCACCCCGGAGCUGAGCGAGAUGAUCGCUGGCGACUGGCUGGAAGCGAACUUUUCCGACUUGGUUUUCACUUACUGAAGAAGCGAGCGAGGGCGGGAGGGAGAGAGCAGAAGAAAACGCGAUGGGCAGGCGAACAGGCUGAGAGAGAGAGAGAGAUCAAAAGGACUGAGAAAAAAAAAAGAAAAAAAUCGGUAAUGGAAAGUGAUUUACGCUUAAACGUGGUGGAGUUUUGAAGUGAAGUAAUGAUCAAAAUGUCUUUGGAUUUUUCUUUUCUUUCUUUUUAAAGUCUUGAAGUUAGUUCCAAACCGAGUCCGGAGUUGUGAUUUUUUUUUCCUUCUGAUUUUUUUUUUUUUAAAUUGGUAAUCACAACAGUAGCAGCAAGGAAAAAAAAGGCAAACGGGACUGGGGGUUAAAAGAUUCAGAAGGCGUUGUUUGAAGUUUGUGAUUGAAGUCUGGAAGUGGUCUGCAAAAAAAGUCUUUUGGCAGCACAACUGUUACUCAAGGGGGUUUGUGGAUUUUUGUUUUUGUUUCUCCUACAAAGAUUUCUAAGGACUGUUCUGAUUUUUUUAAAAAAAAUUUAAAGGGACCAUUGCAAACUUUUUGUUUGGAGGGAGAAAACUGAUGUCUUCUAUGCAUCCAAUUCUUAACAAAGCUGCAGGGAGCUUGAAAAAAAAUGCAGACUGUACAAACGCUUACAAAAAAAAAACUGUGAACUGACUUAAGAUCAGAGUUUACUUUUCAGAUCAAAUUGUUUAUGGUUUUACAAAUGUGAUUUCUACUUGCCAACUUUUUUUUUGUAACUUGUUCCCUUAUACCUCCUUGAUUGAAUACCAGACAGCCUAGACCUCAGUACACAAAGGUAUUGAAACAUUUUUGAUACAUAACAGACCUCAGUCUUUUUAAAAAAUUAAUAUAUUUUCAGGCGUAUUUUUGUACAGUGAAAGGGAACAUUCUUGCUGUGUUUUUUCAGUAAGACUUUUCAGGCACUUCUUCCCUUUUAUUUUUUUAUUUUUUUCCUCUGUUUUUAGCAUGCAAGUUAUAUGGGUACGUUUAUGUCCUGGUUUUGAAAGGAUUUAAAAAAAAUCCUUGUAUCUAAAGGCCUUGUGGUUUAAAAAAAACAAGAAAACAAAACACUUUUUUGUACAGCUAUAGUUCAGAUUUGUUCAAUAUUUGUAGGUAAAGAUUUAUUGAAAAUGGUGAUAUAGACCUCAGAGCUGUUAUCUUAGUUUAAAAGAUUGUAUAUGUACUGUACUAUAGUAGGAAUUUAUGUAUCUCAUAUGCUGUGAUAUGUGAAUGGGGGCCCAGAUGGAAGGUAUGAAACUGGAUUCUCGACUUUUUUUUAGUGAAAAUUUAAAAAAAAAACUAAUGAAAUGGGGAAAAAAAAGAAAGGCACAUAGUAAAAGUUUCUCAUUUUGUGCAAUAUGAUUCUUACAAGUACAGACCAUCUGCAUAUUUUGUAGCAUAGGAUGGUAACAUAACAGACUUGUGCACUGUCAACAACAUUGCCUGUUUUUUUUUUUUUUUUUUAAUGCUGAAAGUCUGUAUCUUGACAGUUUUAAUAAAUCAGCUGGAACUGAUAGAAACUCGA